AUGAAUACUGGACGAGGAAGAAGGCUUGUUGAUAUGAUAAAAUUAUCAGAUGGUGUCGAUAUAGAAACGGAACGAGUUCAACAGUUAGCUGUACCACAAUGCUCUACAUGGCCAGAUAAAUUAAUUGCUGAAGAUCAAAAUAUUUUAAUAGAACCUAAAGAUGAUAUCAUAGCCCACACUCCCAAACACAAUCCCGAAGUUCAGGAUACAUUUUCACCUUCUUUGUUAGCAUUCAUUCAAUCAUCUGAUAAGGAAAACACAAUAAUAGACGAACCUUUUUAUACUUCACAUGGCUUAUAUUCUUCAGAUGAUGAUGAUGACUACAUUCCUAAUACAAGUGAAGAUUCUUCAAGCAAUUCUAUGAAAUCAAGCACA